AUUGGCUGUACUGAUGAUAACCUCAAUUUGUCUAUAGUAUGUCUCGUCCGCAAAACAAACAGAACUUUUCGUUGAACGUUCUAAUCGUUAGUUCUUUUAAUUUCUUUAAUUUUUAAGGCCCAACCAUGGGUAAGUAUGCUAAGGAACCGAAAAAUGCAACCAAGUCGUGUAAGGCCAGAGGUUCUAAUUUAAGGGUUCACUUUAAGAAUACCCGAGAGACAGCUAAGACUAUCAAGAAAAUGCCUCUUCGUCGUGCUGUACAAUUUUUAAAAAAUGUCAAAGAAAAGAAGGAAUGUGUACCUUUCAGAAGAUUCAAUGGUGGAGUAGGACGUUGUGCCCAAGCUAAGCAAUGGGGCAUGACUCAGGGUCGUUGGCCAGAAAAAUCUGCUGAAUUUUUGUUGCAACUUUUGAGAAAUGCAGAAUCUAAUGCUGAUCUUAAAGGUUUGGAUGUUGAUAGAUUGUUUGUUGAACACAUUCAAGUAAACCGUGCUCCUUGUUUGAGGAGACGUACUUACAGAGCUCAUGGUCGAAUUAACCCUUACAUGAGUUCACCUUGUCAUAUUGAAGUUAUCUUAGCUGAAAAACAAAAGUUUGUUGCUAAAGUGCCCAAGGAUGAGGCUGAAAAGAAGAAAGUAUCCAAAAAGAAGUUAGCUAGACAGAAGGAAAAACUGAUGCAAGAAUAAUUAUGAUUUUAAAAAAUGACAAAUAUAAAACAUUAAAAACAAAAAAAAAUCUAGUGUUUUUAUUUUGAACUUA